AUGGGCGGUGUGCUGGGAACUCUGACCGUCACACAAGACCUCCGAAUUUACGACGCCUCGAAAUUUUUCUGCUAUUUUUGGCUCAUCUUUCUCGGAGUGAGUUUUCCUUCUGCGCCUUUAAACUUUUUGUGAAUACGGUAAGAUUAAAGGCGCAGAGCAAAAAUUUCUCAAAAAUUUGAAAUGUUUUCAGUCGAUAACGUGCAGUUUUGUACUUCGCUGGGCCACCUCCGACUCGUAUCAUCUGCCCGCUUUCGUGAGCAUUUUUUUUUGAAAAUUUCAGAAUAAUUAUUGUUUUUUUUAACAGAAAAACAAAAAACGCCUUCAUUUCGUCGCGGAUUUGAGCGACGCCGGAGCCACCAGUUUCUAUCGGGUCACCAAUCGAAAAGUGAAAAAGCACUGA